AUGGCUUAUACUCCAGGCAGUGAAAAGAAAGGUGCUACCUUAUUCAAGACUAGAUGUUUGCAAUGUCACACCGUUGAAGCUGGUGGUCCAAACAAGGUCGGUCCAAAUUUACAUGGUGUCUUUGGUAGACAAACCGGUUCUGCCGCAGGUUACUCUUACACUGAUGCUAACAUCAAGAAGGGUAUCGUUUGGGAUGAAAACAACAUGUCUGAUUAUUUGAUCAACCCAAAGAAAUAUAUCCCAGGUACCAAGAUGGCUUUCGGUGGUUUGAAGAAGGAAAAGGACAGAAACGAUUUGAUCGCUUACUUAGUUAAGGCUUGUAAAUAA